CCUUCAGAAUUUGCCCCCAAGAAGAUGUCAUUUUAACUGGGUUCGAGGGUGGAUCAGAAAUAACACAGAUAAAAGCCGAGGCGAGUGUACCAGUUGUGGGAUACGGCGCAGACGGGACUCCCUUUCCCCAACAUGUUGUGAUGAGCAAAGGGUCUAUAUCCUGCAGAAAUGGAGAUCAAACUAUCGAAAGUCUACCUCCACCCUUUGUUUACGCUGAUGACCUUAAUACAACUUGUUUAGAUUACAAGUCUAGAUAUUGCUGCCGAACACAGUCGAUGUGGAGACCGAUGAGUGUGACAACCUUCCAGAACAGAUUACCCCCCACUAUACCUCUAGGGGCUGCCAUCACAACAUACAAGUUAAAUAAAGAAACAAAUAUGAUCGAGUUUUCGAUCCUAAUUCAUGAUGGAAAGGAGGAAAAGGGAAAUCUACUUGUUAUCAGUUUCCUUGCAACUGCAAAUAAAGGAGAAUUUGUUGGGAAAGUUAUUUGCCUCUGGACAAGAUACUCUACUCCAUUGUAUGGCAGAUUUACCAUGAAAGAAUUACCCAACAAGUCCAAGGAAUACACCCUGACCUUUAUAACUCCUCCAGCUGGACAGAGAACCCCGGAGAAAGUUCUUUCAACUUUUACGAUAUAUUUACAUUGGGAUACCAGUUCUACAGCUGCUGUUGCAACCGUCAUUAAGGAUGAAGUUGGUAUUGUUUCAACGACCCAAGUAGUUCCUGGAGAUUACCAAAUGGAAAAUAUAAAGAAAGAUCCCUCUGUACCUGUCACCGGAAAUUCCAAUGAGAAAAAAGACUCUCCUUUCAUUCUGGACAGUGUGGAUUUGAAUGAGGACUCCCCUCUCUCUGAACUACUCAGAUCUUGGGAAACUAAAGAAUUAAUCUAUGAGGCUGUUCUUGUGGACAGAAAAGGAGGAGUUAAAACUAUUGUGUUGAAAUCAAUGAAGAUGGAUAAAAUUGAAGUAAGCAGCUAUACUGGUUCUCUCAACAUACAAAAAAUUGAUUCAAAGGAUGGCUGGGAGGUUUUAAGUCAUGUUUUUAAAACUUACUCUAUCACUACCAUUGUAGAAUCUCCCCCCUUGGCCAACCUGUUCCAUGAAUGUGAAUGGAAGGAUUGGGUUAAUGCUGAUUUCCCUGGAAACACCCCUGGAGGGGAAUUCGAGCUUAAGGAUCAAAUAGCAAUGGACAAGAGGAAAAAAAGUAAACUGUAUGAUCUAGUCUGCGGAAAGAAAAACCCACACUAUGUUGAUGCUGUUACUGUAGAGGAUCAAAUUCCUUGGUAUGAAUUAAAGAUGGACAAAGAAACUUAUCAGACAUUUAAGCUUACACCAUUAUUUGGGUAUAUCUGUAAGGAUGAAAAUGGGCCUCCCGAAUUUUGCAAGGAUAUGAAAGUAAGGUAUUGUUGUCCCAAAGUCCUAAGGGCAGUCUGGGGAGAAUGGGGAGAUUAUAGCCAAUGUGAUAAAUCCUGUGGUGGUGGUGUCAAGAUAAGAACCAGGGAAUGCUUUAAAGAUCCUAAGUUGGACAUUGAAAAAAGUAGAUGUGAGGGGGAUAAAAAGCCUGAAAAGUAUGCUAUGGAGGAGCAACCCUGCAAUGUAAAUGCUUGUCCUGAAGAUGCUCAAUUUGGAGAUUGGUCAGCAUGGACUGCAUGCUCUCUUUCCUGUGGUAGUGGCUCAAAACAAAGAACAAGGACAUGCUAUCCAGCAAGAGGUGGGGGCAAGGAAUGUCCUGAGAAACUUACAAAUCAGGACUUGUAUACCAAAACAGAGUUGUGUACAAAUAGAGAUUGUGACACCUACUCUCCAACCCCUUGGAGCCAAUGGUCUAGUUGCAGUGCCUCUUGCGGUGUGGGCAGUAAGACAAGAUCCAGAAAAUGUCAAAAUGACAGAACAUUUGCAAUUGUUAGCGAUGAUAAUUGCAACGUAGCGUCAAGUGAUCCAAGGGCUGCGUUUUUCUUUUCAGAUCCUCAAAAGUGUUUCUUGCAAGAUUGUCCAAUAGAUGGUAUGUGGGGUAACUGGGAAGGGUGGAAUCAAUGUUCCCAAUCUUGUGUCACUGAGCCACAAAAAGGGGAAAAAAUUGAAACCAAAGCUUACAUGAAGAGAUAUCGCUACUGCAAUAAUCCCUUGCCAAAGAGUGGUGGUAAUGAAUGUGUGCGAGACGAGAAAAAUGAUUACGACCGUAGACAGAAUGCCGAAGUACAGAAACAGCCUUGCAUAACCCCAGACAAGGAGAAAAUUAGAGGUAUAAUACCAACUCCUUGGUGUCCAGAACACUGUGUUUAUACAAGUUGGGGAGAAUGGAGUCCUUGCAGUUAUACUUGUAUUACACCAGAAGUAAAGGUCUACGGUUAUGAUGGAGAUAUUCUUUCACCGGAUAUAAUAUACACUGUAACAAAAAUUGGAGGUGAAAUGCCUAAAAGAUCUAGAAUGAAGAUUUUGCUCAGACCAGCAAGGAAUGGAGGCACAUGCAAGGAAGACUUAGACUCUGACACAUCUUUUAAUAAUGGAACAGUCAUAGAAGGUCAUGAGGAUUGCACUAUUUGUAAAGAACAUUGUGGAAUAGAUGAAAAAGAAGUGAAGAGCUUUCCUGAACUCAAAUACCCUGGAAAGCAACCGAAUUGUACUGGAUACUGCCCAGUUUCUUGUACCAUGGGCGCAUUCCGAACUCUGAACAAUCCCAUGGAAAAAGUAAAAAUAUAUAAAGAGGAGAGGAAGAAAAUAUUAGAAUCUUCAAAAGAAAAGCGCUUAGAAAAUGAGUCUGAAGCCUGCUUUACAUUUGCUCUCCACAAAGCUGCAGUUAAGAUGGGUCUGACCGAUGUUGCGGACAAGUUUGUAAAAUAUAUUGAAACAAUGAAGAAGAAAAUCGCUAAAGGAGAAAUUACUCCAAAAGAGUGGAAUUCACUCCCUAAUGAUAUUGUCAAAAGUUCUGACGAUGAACAGCUGUUGAAAACUGCCAUGGAGAGUUUCACUAGCGAAAUUUCCACCUAUAAAAGUCUAAUCUACGAGGAAAAACGACGGUACCCUGAAGAACCCGUCUUAGAUGGAUUAUUCGGGGGAUAUAAUUGUCUCAAUGCAGCAAAUGGAAGAAACCUAACUUCUCGGAAAGAGCUUCAAGAGAAUGAGAAGAAGUUUACAAAAAUACCCUACGAAGAUCAAAUAGAUGUUGGAUGUGUGUAUUCAAACUUUUUAGUUAUUCAAACUUGUUAG